UAACUCUUUAAGGGCCCUUGACGACUGCCUCCUUGAAUUCUUAGAAUUCUACUAAAUAUUGCGGGGUCGUGCAUUGUUGACUGGGAGACCGUCCUACGGCUGCCUGCAUGAUGUCUGAUCCUUCACUCGGUGGUUCGGACGGCAACGUCCCUAACAAACGCAAGCGCGACAGCACUGACAGCACUGGUCCGGAUGCCCAGCGCCUGAACCGUUCUUCCAACGGCAGCAACGGCAGCAUCCCUGGUCCCGAUGCUCAGACCAACUUUGCCCAUAGCUCGCUCGGUUCCUACGACCACCAUGGCCUCCCCAACGCAGCUUCAGAACUCAACAUCGACCAGCAGAUCCUGCAGCAUGUCGGUCCUCAAAACGGCAUCUCGGAUGACAACGCUCUGACCGCGAAGGCUGCGCUGGCCGCCCACACCCCUCAAAACAAAUACCCCCCUCCCCCCGACACGCCCUUCGACAACAACCUUACCCACGGUCUGACCUUCGGCGAUGACAUGGGCCAGCCCAUUGGCUCCACCCAUGGCCACAAUUCCACCGCUGCCGCGGUCUAUGCCGCGCGCGAAGCCCAGAGCAUGAAUCAGAAACCGUCGGUGGGCUCUCCGGAGUGGCACCAGAUCCGCAAGAACAACCACAAAGAAGUGGAACGUAGACGUCGUGAGGCGAUCAACGAGGGCAUCAAUCAGAUUGCCCGCCUGGUCCCCAAUUGUGACAAGAACAAGGGCGCGAUUCUGCAGCGUGCCAUCGAGUACAUCUGUCAGCUGCACGACGAGAAGAAGGCCAUGAGUGAGAGAUGGGAGCAGAACAACAUGACUACCAGCCAUGCCAUCAACGAGAUCAGCUCGCAGAAUUCGAAGCUGAAGGUGGAAGUGAACCGUCGUGGCGAUAUCGCAACGAAGUGGCUGCAACGCUGUCGCGAUGCCGGCCUGGAGUUUGACGACUACGAGGAAUCGAAGGAACUCGACCCUCUUGAAGUCGACCAGGGCCAGGUCUAAUGGCUGGUUCGCAUGACACUUGUUUCCAAAUACCCUCUCUUCUUUGCGGUGUGUUUUCCGCUUUACGGUCCUACAUGCGCUACGAUUUGUUUAUCUCGGGAGGCUGAGAGUC